GGUACCGUUACCUCGUGUGCUGAAAGGAACCACGUAACACGCACCUAAGCCGACAGAAAUGCGAGACGAGAGCGGAGGGAAGUUACGCCACGCAGUCCGGAGCGACCGUUUUGUAAAGGGGGGGGAAGUUGAAAGGGAAACCACCCUGCGGGUGCAGGUCCCACCAUGGGAGAAGUCAGGAAAACCAAGACUAACCCGGCAGCGACCGCGAACCUAUUGUCCACGGUAGUUUUCUGGUGGCUCAAUCCAUUGUUUCGCAUCGGAUACAAACGCAAGCUGGAGGAAGAUGACAUGUACGAAGUGCUCCCGGAGGACAGGUCGGAGAGACUGGGACAGGAACUGCAGAGAUACUGGGAUCUUGAGCUCCAGAAGUCUACCAAAGAGCUGCGCACGCCGAGCCUCUCAAAGUGCAUCGUUCAGUCCUACUGGAAACCAUAUGCAGUGCUGGGAUUCUUUACUCUCAUUGAAGAGGCCAUCAAAGUGAUCCAGCCCGUCAUCUUGGGGAAGAUGAUCCUGUACUUUGAGAAUUACGACCCGCAGAACUUGACGGCCCUCUACGAUACGCUCGGCUACGCGGCCGCCAUGUCUUUGUGCACCAUCGGCCUGGCCUUGCUCCACCACCUCUACUUCUACCACGUCCAGAGGACGGGCAUGAAGAUCCGAGUGGCCAUGUGUCACAUGAUCUACAACAAGGCUCUGCAUCUCAGCAGUUCAGCCAUGGGAAAGACCACCACGGGCCAGAUCGUCAACCUCCUUUCCAACGACGUCAACAAGUUUGAUGACGUGACUAUCUUCCUGCACUUCCUGUGGGUGGGGCCCCUCCAGGCAGCGGCGGUCGUGGGCCUGCUGUGGGUGGAGAUCGGCCCGUCGUGCUUGGCGGGCAUGGGGGUCCUCAUGUUCCUGAUGCCUGUGCAGACCAUGUUUGGAAGGCUCUUCUCCAAGUUCCGGAGUAAGACGGCCGUCCUCACUGACGACAGAAUCCGCAUAAUGAACGAGGUGGUGUCUGGAAUGCGGAUCAUCAAGAUGUACGCCUGGGAGAAGCCCUUCGCCACUCUGGUCUCCGAGGUCAGAAGGAAGGAGAUCUCCAAGAUCAUGAAGAGCUCGUACCUGCGAGGCCUCAACAUGGCCUCCUUCUUCUGCGCCAGCAAGAUCAUCGUCUUCAUCACCUUCACCCUCUACGUCCUCCUGGGCAACACCAUCACUGCCAGCCGCGUGUUUGUGACGGUGUCGCUGUACACCGCCGUGCGGCUCACCGUCACGCUCUUCUUCCCGAGUGCCAUCGAGAAGCUGUACGAGACCCGAGUCAGCAUCCGCAGGAUUCAGGAGUUCCUGAUUCUGGAUGAGAUCGUAAAAUGCAAAGCUGAACUGCCACAUGAUGAGAAGGACGCCUCAGUGGAGAUCCGGGACCUGGUCUGCUACUGGGACAAGAGUCUGGACGCUCCAUCUCUGCAGAACCUCUCCAUCAGUCUGAAGGGCAACCAGUUGUUGGCCGUGAUUGGACCAGUGGGAGCUGGAAAGUCGUCGCUGCUGAGCACCAUCCUCGGAGAGCUGCCCAAAGAAAAGGGGGUCCUGGAGGUGAAAGGUCAGCUGACGUACGCCGCCCAGCAGCCCUGGGUGUUCCCCGGAACCAUCCGCAGUAACAUCCUGUUUGGGAAAGAGCUCAACCACCAGAAGUACGAGAGAGUCAUCCGAGCCUGCGCUCUAAAGAGGGACCUGGAGCUGCUCCCAGACGGAGACCUGACUCUGAUCGGGGACCGAGGAGCCACACUCAGCGGGGGACAGAAGGCUCGAGUCAACCUGGCGAGGGCGGUGUACCAGGACGCAGACAUCUACCUCUUGGACGACCCUCUGAGCGCCGUGGACGCCGAGGUCGGCAGACACCUCUUUGAAAAGUGCAUCUGUGGCCUCCUGAGGAACAAGCUUCGGAUCCUGGUCACCCACCAGCUGCAGUACCUGAAGUCAGCCGACCAGAUUGUGGUACUCAAGGAGGGUCACAUGGUGGCAAAGGGGACGUAUACGGAGCUGCAGCAGUCCGGACUGGACUUCACCUCCCUGCUGAAGGAGGAGGAGGAGGAGCAGCCGCCUCCUCAAGACCUCCUGAUCAGGACCAGAACUCUGUCUCAGAACUCGCAGACCUCCUCCAUCCAGUCGGUCAAAGACGGAGACCAGCUACCGGCAGAGACGGUGCAGACGGUAGCAGAGGAGAGUAGCGCUGAGGGAAACAUUAGAGUGAGUCUGUACGUCAAAUACCUGAAAGCUGGAGCCAGCGUCGUGGUUCUGCUCAUCGUCAUACUGGUGAACCUUCUGGCUCAGGUAUCGUACAUCAUGCAGGACUGGUGGCUGGCUUACUGGGCUGAGGAGCAAGAGAAGCUGAACGAUAACAACAGCACCGUCAUCCAAAAUGGACUGAAUGCCACCGCAGAGCUGAACACCACCUUCUACCUGGGUGUUUAUGGAGGUUUGACUGUUGCCGUCAUCAUUUUCGGCUUCCUCAGGAAUAUGCUCCUGUUCCACGUGCUGGUGAAGAGCGCACAGUCUCUGCACAACCGCAUGUUCACGUCAAUACUCGCGACACCGGUGCGCUUCUUUGACGUCAACCCCAUUGGAAGAGUCUUGAACCGCUUCUCAAAGGACAUCGGCCAGCUGGAUUCUAACCUGCCGUGGACGUUUGUGGACUUCAUUCAGGUGUUCCUGCAGAUUAUCGGGGUGAUCUGUGUGGCAGUGUCCGUGAUCCCCUGGAUCCUCAUCCCAGUUCUCCCCCUCCUCCUCGUCUUCAUCUACCUGCGUCGAUACUUCCUGCAGACCUCCAGAAACGUCAAACGCCUCGAGUCCACCACUCGGAGUCCAGUGUUCUCCCACCUGUCGUCGUCUCUUCAGGGCCUGUGGACCAUCCGAGCCUUUGGAGCAGAGGAGAGGUUCCAGAAAGUCUUUGACGCACAUCAGGACCUGCACUCAGAGGCCUGGUUCCUGUUCCUGGUCACCUCUCGCUGGUUCGCCGUCCGUCUUGACGGCAUGUGCUCCAUCUUUGUUACCGUCAGCACCUUUGGCUGCCUGCUGCUCAGAGACCAGCUGGACGCCGGCUCCGUGGGUCUGGUUUUGACCUACUCUGUCACACUGAUGGGAAUGUUCCAGUGGGGUGUCAGGCAGAGUACAGAGGUGGAGAACAUGAUGACGUCAGUGGAGAGAGUGGUGGAGUACACUGAACUGGAGAGUGAAGCACCCUGGGAAACCCAGAAGCGCCCUCCUCCCGAUUGGCCCAAGAAAGGCCUGGUGAAGUUUGACCGGGUCAGCUUCUCCUACAGCAGUGAUGGACCGAUGGUUCUGCAUAACAUGACGGCAAUAUUCCGGCCCAAAGAGAAGGUGGGCAUCGUGGGUAGAACAGGUGCUGGGAAAAGCUCUCUGGUCUCAGCUCUGUUCCGCCUGGCGGAGCCUCAGGGGAAGAUCUACAUCGACGGUGUUCUGACCUCUGAGAUCGGCCUCCACGACCUGCGCCAGAAGAUGUCCAUCAUUCCUCAGGACCCGGUGCUGUUUACGGGCUCCAUGAGGAAGAACUUGGACCCUUUCAACCAGCACAGUGAUGAAGACCUGUGGAAGGCUCUGGAGGAGGUGCAGCUGAAGUCUGUGGUGGAGGAGCUGCCGGGGAAGUUGGAGACGGUUCUGGCCGAGUCGGGCUCCAACUUCAGCGUGGGCCAGAGGCAGCUGGUGUGUCUGGCCAGAGCCGUCCUGAGGAAGAACCGCGUCCUGGUGAUCGACGAGGCCACGGCCAACGUGGACCCCAGGACAGAUGAGCUGAUCCAGAAAACCAUACGGGACAAGUUCAGCGAAUGCACCGUGCUCACGAUCGCUCAUCGCCUCAACACCAUCGUAGACAGCGACAGGAUACUGGUUCUAGAUGCAGGGAGAAUUCAUGCCUAUGAUGAGCCUUACACCCUGCUGCAAGAUCCAGAUGGGAUCUUCUACAAAAUGGUGCAGCAGACUGGCAAGCAGGAGGCAGCAGCUCUGCUAGCGGUAGCUAAACAGGCGUACGACAGCAGGAGCCGUUCUAACAUACCAAACGGACAUUCAGAAACGGCAGACGGUGAAGUUAUGUUUGAGACCGCUCUCUGAGCUCGGGGAGUCUCUGCUUUGCCAGAAGACUUAAAAUGUGCCUGGACCCAUACUGCGCUCCUCCCUCCCUCCACCAGGUGGCGUCUGAAGAGGCCUCACUGUGGCCUUGGAGCCAAAUAUAUGCUGUUUCCUACAAGCAGAGCAAGCUUGGAACUCACUGUUGAAAUAGAUCACUAUUUAUUUUGUAUGCUUCAUAUUUAUCUCAUGUUAACAAAUUGCCUUGGAGAAUUACUUUUAAAUGGCCGCAUACUCCUUACAGAACUGUAAGUGCCUUAUUUCCUGUUGGAAGCACUUUGUACAUGUUAAUUUAACCAAUAGUAGCACCUAUUGAUCACUAAAUGUAAGAAAAUAAGUCUUUUUUUACGUUGAUGUCUUGUUCAAGCUUUACACUUCGUUUUUAUACUGUUCACUAUGCUGAUUGAAAGUUUACAGGUCAGGUGACAAUCAGAACACAGCUGCUACAACUGUUCAUUUCUGUUCAAAUUAUUCAACACUUAGUUGUUGUUUCAACUGUCAAUUUAUCAUGUAAAAUGCUGUAUAAACAUGUACAAAUCAUAAUGUCAGCAACUGUCUUAACUUGAAUAAAAUACUCUGAUAAAAUUAAA